AUGGCUCUGACGGUCACGUUCAAGAAGGUUGAUGGCCUUGAGCUCGCGCUCGAUGUAUACCCGCCGCAAGAAUUGGGGUCUCAGCCUGUCCCCGCCGUUGUGUACUACCAUGGCGGCGGCCUUACCGUCGGAGAUCGCUCGUCCUGGUUUCCUACCUGGCUUCACGCGCGUUUAUUUACGACUGGAAUUGCGCUUAUAUCUGCCGACUACCGCCUCCUACCUCCUGCGACGGGGCACGAAAUUCUCGAAGACGUGUGCGAUGCACUGACCCGCCGGAAACGCAGGCUUCAGCUUGACUGCAAUGCUGUCGCUGUCGCAGGCACCAGCUCUGGUGGCCUGUGCGCCUACCUUGCUGCUGCGCAUGGAAAGUCCAGGGGUGCCGUGUCGCCCAAAGCUCUCCUCUCGAUGUAUGGCAUGGGCGCGAAUUUUUUGACCUCGCAUUAUCUCACGCCGAAGACGGAGCCCUUCUUUCGCGGCCGUGAGCUGCUAGAUCCUGACUCGUUCGCGGAGUUCCUGCACCCUCAAGCAGAAAGACUCCCGCCUAUAUCCGUCUCGCCUCUCGCGUACCACUCAAACGACUCGCCGACACCUGGAUAUCCGGCAAACCCGCGCAUGCAGCUCGCUCGACUAUAUCUUCAGAUGGGCAACUUCCUCGAUUACUAUACCGGGCAGCACAAACCCAGCCUCAGCGCCGCCCUGCGCGAGUUCAAAGGCGACACACAUGAAGAGGAUGCAGUACCCGCUCAGCACCGACGACUGUUUCCGCAGUUCAACUUCAGUUCUUCCUGGCCACCGACGCUGAUAUGCCACGGCGAGUGUGAUACUGCCGUCCCUGUCGCGGAGAGCGUCUACCUUCGCGAUCUACUUCACGAAGCUGGUGUGCCCAUCGAUCUGCGCAUUAUUCCUGGACGAGAGCAUUCCUUCGACUAUGCGCCGGGCGCGGAGAAUGAAUUGAGCGAAGUGUUCGACGAUAUCGUGCGAUGGCUGGCUGAGCGCCUGAGGUCGUGAGUGAACGCGACCGAGCACUGUUGUCGCCACUCUUACAUGCCGGUCGUCAGGGAAUAGAUAAUGAAGCACCGUAGAUGUAGAACAACAAACUGCAAGAUGUAAAUUGUACAUGAUAUUUGCCACAGCACCGCUGCCACGUAACAGUUCUUUCUUCCCUUCUAACGUAUAAACCAUCAUUCAGGACGAAGCCACUCCCAGUCCACCAUGAACUCCCCUUCGUCUCGACUGC